GUCCCUUUUAAUUUAUAUCCCCGCGCAAUGUUACAUCACAACCAAGUCAAACCGAGUAGGACGAAAUAUCCAAUCAAUUGCAAUCUCUUAUCAGAUGAUAUCUCCCAGCACUAUUAUUAAUGCUUAACCUCUACAAGACGAUUCUCUUCUUUAGUGCACGCUCUCUUCACCAAGACUAACCCAAAUUACACCACUUUGUAGUGCAGCAAUGGCCCCGAGUCUCGUGGCAGGAGCUGCUUUGGGUCAAGUUUUUGACAUGCUAUGCAAAUCCAUUCUUGAAGUUGGCAAAAAUAUCGCCACUUUCCGUCCCAAAUUGGACAGCUUGAACCAGACAUUAAUGUACAUCAAACCAGUAUUCGCUGACAUUGAGAGGCUAAGCAAAGCAUUAGAAGGCCGAGACGAAGUAAUAGAUAUGUUCAAGAAACUGUUAAUGGAAGGUCAUGAACUAGUUCGCAAGUGUUCCAAGACUAAAUCCUACGACGCAUGCAGAAAAUUGUAUUACUCCAGGAAACUGACCGAGUUGGAAGAUUCACUGGUGAAGUUCUUCCAGACACACUGUUUAAUACAGGUGUGGAGGGAUACUAAAGACAUUCUGGUCAAGGUAAAUGAACAUGAGAGUGAACCCAACUUGGAGAAAGACGAGGCGCUCGCCAAGGAAAGUCUCUCUCCAUCAGAUCCGUAUGGGUGUAGGGUCUGUGCCGGUUGCAAAGCUGAAAUUGGUGGAACACAUUCAUAUUGCAUGGGAGCUGUUUGGCAUCCAGAAUGUUUCCGUUGCCAAGCUUGCAAUCAACCAAUUUCUGACUCUGAUCAGUUAACAAUGUCAGAUAACCGCCCAUACCAUAAAUCAUGCUACAAAGUACAGCAUCACCCGAAGUGUGAUGUUUGCAAGAACUUUAUUCCAACAAAUUCGGCUGGUGUAAUUGAAUCUAGGGCUCAUCCUUUCUGGCUUCAGAAGUAUUGCCCAUCACAUGAAAAUGAUGGGACACCUCAUUGUUGCAGUUGUGAGAGAAUGGAGCCCGUAGAUGCCAGAUAUCAGAUACUUAAUGAUGGUCGGAAGCUGUGUCUAGAGUGCUUGGACUCUGCGAUAAUGGACACUCAUGAAUGUCAACACCUUUAUCUUGAGAUACAAGAAUUUUACGAAGGUUUAAAUGUGAAAGUAGAGCAGCAAAUUCCCUUGCUUCUAGGUGAUAUGCUGACAUUAAUUGAAGCAAUGGAAAGAGAAAAAAAUGGUCAUCAUCACAUGCCUGAGACUCGAGGACUCUGCCUGUCUGAAGAACAGACCAUUAGCACUAUUUCAAGGCGGCCAAGGAUUGGUGGUUAUCAGAUUUUGGAUAUGUUUACAGAACCUUACAGGUUAAUUCGACGAUGUGAAGUGACAGCUAUUCUAAUCUUGUAUGGUCUUCCUAGGUUGUUGACUGGUUCAAUUUUGGCUCAUGAAAUGAUGCAUGCAUGGCUGAGGCUUAAAGGUUAUCCAAGUUUAAGUCCAGAAGUUGAAGAAGGCAUAUGCCAAGUAUUAGCUCACAUGUGGUUGGACUCUGAAAUUAUAGCUGGUUCUAGUAGUAGUUCAACUUCUGCAUCUUCCUCUGCAUCCUCAUCGUCCUCUUCAUCACCAUCUACUUCAUCAAAGAAAGGGAAACGAUCAGACUUUGAGAAGAAACUGAGUGAUUUUUUCAAGCACCAGAUUGAAUCAGAUACCUCAGCAGCUUAUGGGGAUGGAUUUAGAGAAGGUAAUAAGGCAGUGCUCAAGUAUGGUCUCAAGACGACACUUGAUCAUAUGCGGCUUACAGGAACCUUCCCGUGUUAAAAUUUUCAGCCAUGCUGAGUGUCCCCAAGUCAACUGGGAUAUUUAAAACAAGUCUUCUAUACUAGUUUUGUAGGACCAAAUAGCACAUACAAUUAUAAUCAUAACACAAUAAUGAAAAGGUAAAGAGUAAAUGCAGCAAUAAGAUGCAGAUACGUUUAAUAUCACGCGUGUUUACUUCAAGUUUGUACACUUAGUUCAUAUAAAGGAAACCCAUUACAAAGUGAUGCACAAGUA